AUGCGUGGAACAAUUAUCGCCGGCACCUUGGCCUUCGUAGCUGGAGUCAACGCACAGUACUACACCAACCAGUCUGCCCCAUUCAAUCUCGUUCUUACCUCUCAGAACACUACCCUUAAUGGCUCUACUCUCGGCUCCUGUCAUGAAGGUGCUGGUAUCGAAGGUCUCUGUGUUGCUGGCAAUGUUAACGAUGAAUUCACAGGUCCUCUGAACAGCGACUCCGGUUCAUACACUUUCAACUAUACCACAACCCAAGCAACUGAACCUACCGGCGUAAACGUCACUGGUCUCUUGACAUGGCUCCUUGUCGGCGCAAACUUCGAGACCUCUUCUCCCAUGCAGCUCGACCCUGUCCCAACCUCGAACGUUGCCGUCCCGCUGUUGCAGCCUUCGGAGGAGGGCCAGCUGGUUGCGUUCGACGCCGAUAAUAAGUUGGUAAUUGUGAGAAAUGUGGAUGAUACACAGCCUCUCCCAAACUACUCCUUUAAAGCUCUUUCCAACUGGUAUGCUUGCACCACGGAUUCCGGAUACCUGUACCAGACUUUGGCUUGGGUUGUGGGAACUGAGACGGCGGUACCUCAAAAUCCCACCUGCCAGAAGGUUGAAGUCGUCCGGGUCUUUGUCUAG